UCUUUGCCCACUGAGAAUGAUACAUCUCCGUAUGACAUAUUCAAUACUUUUUAUGAUUGGGAAAGUAUUUUGAGCUUGAUAAAUAAAUAUGGAAAAAAAACUAGUAACUUUAAAAAAACUGUUAUUGCAAAAACGUUUGAGAAACGUGAUAUUUUUAUUCUCCAUUUAUCAAAGGGGCAGAGAAAACCUAUUGUUUUCAUAGUAGGAGGGGAAGAUGGAAAGGAUUGGAUGUCUUCAGCUUUGAUUUUGAACCUAUUUUCUGAAUUAAUAAAUAGUACAAGUAGCCUCAACAGUCUCUUAAGCAAAUUUGACUUUUAUCUUUUACCUAUAUUAAAUCCAGAUGGAUUUGUCUUCAGUAAGAAACAGGAUAGGUUAUGGUCUAAAAAUAGAAGAGAUAUUUAUCCUCAAAAGAAAUGCCACCAUGGAAAAUUUCCUAUUGGAGUUAAUAUUGCUAGAAAUUGGUUUUUUGAAAAAUCUUCUAAAAUGAUAGAUGAAGAAUGCAAUUCUAUUUAUGUUGGGCACAAAACUCUUUCAGAAGAAGAAAGCCAGGCUUUAUCAUAUGUUCUUAAUAGUCUUGCAUUGGAUAUGAUUGCAUUUAUAAAUGUAAAAGGUUUUGGACGAUAUAUAACAGUACCUUAUGGACACACUACAUCCCUUGCUAAUAACCAUGAUAUAAUGAUGGAAAUUCUAAGGUCUACAUGUUCCAAGGUUCUUGAAAACCAUAAUAUAACAUAUUAUGUAGGAACAACAUCUUACUAUUUUUACAAUUUUUCAGGUAAUAUGGCAGACUGGGUAAAAUUUAAGUUAAACACGCCAGUUGUGUACACUGUAUACUUAGAAGAUGAAAAUACAGUACUUCCUCUUCCGAGCCAAAUCAAUCCACUGAAGGCCCAGUUAUUUACUAUUUUAAACGAAUCAAUGUUCAUAUCACAGGAUAUAUAUGGACCCUUAUUUAACAAUGAAGUAAACACAUUUUCUUUUUACAUAAAGCAUGUAUAUAAUAUCUAUAUGUUUAAUAGUGUUCUGAAUAUUUACUGUAUGAAAACAUUAAGUUUAUGA